AAAAAAAAAAAAAAUAGAGGAAUUCACUCUCAGUCAGAUAUUCAUCAACCUCUAGAAUAUUAGCUCUGCUCAUAUCAAAGAGUGAAGUCUUAAUCCUUUCAACAUUCUCUGUCACUGUGUCUGUGAUCCUUUUAAUAAAACCAAAGGGACCGUGCAUGAAAAAGGAAAAAGAAGACAUUUUUAAGAAGCAGUAUAAAACACUUCUGAGACUAUGAUGUUUUUCUUUUGAAUGUACCGAGUAGAAAAGCUGUCUUUUUUUUUUUUAACUUUAGUUUCACUUUCAAAAUUGCAGCACAUUCCCCAGAUGAAAACGAACUGGAUUUGGACUAAUGAAAAAAGGAACGGUCAGCUGUCGUCACAGUAAGUGAAGGCAAAAUCAUGAGCAGGCCUUUGCCUUAUCACAUCUACUUCUUUACGGGACUGUUGACCUGUUGGAUACUGUGUACAUCUUCUGCCCACAAAUGUACUGUUAGACAUGAAGUAGCCGAUUGCAGUCAUCUGAAGUUGACUCAAAUACCUGAUGACCUCCCAACAAACAUAACUGUGCUGAAUCUUACCCAUAAUCAACUCAGAAGAUUGCCACCUGCCAAUUUUACGAGAUACAGCCAACUUACUAUCUUGGAUGGGGGAUUUAACUCCAUCUCAAAGCUGGAGCCAGAACUGUGUCAAAGUCUCCCUUGGUUGGAAAUUUUGAACCUCCAACACAACGAGAUAUCUCAGCUUUCUGAUAAAACCUUUAUCUUCUGCAUGAAUUUGACUGAACUCCAUCUAAUGUCCAACUCAAUCCAAAAAAUUCAAAAUGAUCCCUUUAAAAACCUGAAGAAUUUAAUCAAAUUAGACCUCUCUCAUAAUGGCUUAUCAUCUACUAAAUUAGGAACUCAGCUCCAACUGGAGAACCUCCAAGAGCUUCUAUUAUCAAAUAAUAAAAUUUCUUCACUAGCACCAGAAGAACUUGAUUUCCUUGGCAAUUCUUCUUUAAAAAGAUUAGAGCUGUCAUCAAAUCAAAUCAAAGAGUUCUCUCCUGGGUGUUUUCAUGCCAUUGGAAAAUUAUCUGGCCUCUCUCUGAACAAUGCCAAGCUGAGCCCCAGUCUCACAGAGAAGCUCUGCUUGGAACUGUCAAACACAAGCAUUGAGAAUCUGUCCCUGAACAGCAACCAGCUGGACACAAUCAGCCACACGACCUUCGAUGGACUGAAGCAGACGAAUCUCACCACGCUGGACCUUUCCCGUAACUCCUUACGUGUGAUGGGUAAUGACUCCUUUGCCUGGCUUCCACAUCUUGAAUACCUCUCUCUGGAGUAUAAUAACAUAGAGCAUUUGUCUUCUCGCUCUUUUUAUGGGCUUUCCAACUUGACACACCUGGACUUGAGACGGUCUUUUACUAGACAAAGCAUUUCACUGACUUCGCUCCCCAAGAUUGACGAUUUUUCCUUUCAGUGGCUAAAAUGUUUGGAGUACCUCAACAUGGAAGAUAACAACUUUCCAGGCAUAAAAAGAAAUACUUUCACGGGAUUGGUGAGGCUGAAAUUUUUAAGUCUCUCCAACUCCUUCUCAAGUUUGCGGACUUUAACAAAUGAGACAUUUCUAUCGCUCGCUGGUUCUCCUCUGCUCCUACUCAACCUAACCAAAAAUAAAAUCUCAAAAAUUCAGAGUGGUGCUUUUUCUUGGUUGGGGCACCUGGAGGUCCUUGACCUCGGCCUUAAUGAGAUUGGGCAAGAACUCACAGGCCAGGAAUGGAGAGGCCUAGACAAUAUUGUUGAAAUCUACCUUUCCUACAACAAAUACCUAGAGCUGACCACCAACUCUUUCACCUCAGUUCCAAGCCUUCAAAGACUGAUGCUCCGAAGGGUGGCCCUGAAAAAUGUGGCUUGCUCCCCUUCGCCUUUUCGCCCUCUUCCAAAUCUGGUCAUUCUGGAUCUAAGCAACAACAACAUAGCCAACGUAAAUGAUGAGUUGUUGAAGGGUCUUGAGAAACUAGAAAUUCUGGACUUGCAGCAUAACAACUUAGCUCGGCUCUGGAAGCAUGCCAACCCUGGCGGCCCUGUUCAGUUUCUGAAGGGUCUUUCUCACCUCCGCAUCCUUAACUUAGGGUCUAAUGGCUUUGAUGAGAUCCCAGUGGAAGCCUUCAAGGACUUACGUGAAUUGAAGAGUAUUGAUUUAGGAAUGAAUAAUUUAAAUAUCCUUCCACAAUCUGUCUUUGAUAAUCAAGUGUCACUAAAGUCAUUAAGCCUUCAGAAGAACCUCAUAACAUCUGUUCAAAAGACUGUUUUUGGGCCAGCAUUCAGGAACCUGAGUUAUUUAGAUAUGCGUUUUAAUCCAUUUGAUUGUACCUGUGAAAGCAUUGCCUGGUUUGUUAAUUGGAUUAAUAGUACCCACACCAACAUCUCUGAACUGUCAAACCAUUACCUCUGCAACACUCCGCCCCAAUACCAUGGUUUCCCAGUAAUGCUUUUCGAUGUAUCACCCUGCAAAGACAGCGCCCCAUUUGAACUCCUUUUCAUGAUUAACACCAAUAUCCUUUUGAUUUUUAUCUUUAUUGUACUGCUCAUCCAUUUUGAAGGCUGGAGGAUAUCUUUUUAUUGGAAUGUUUCAGUGCAUCGAGUUCUCGGUUUCAAAGAAAUAGACAGAGCAGAGCAGUUUGAAUAUGCAGCAUAUAUAAUUCAUGCCUACAAAGAUAGGGAUUGGGUCUGGAAGCACUUCUCCCCAAUGGAGGAAGAAGAUCAUACUCUCAGAUUUUGUCUGGAAGAAAGGGACUUUGAGGCAGGUGUCCUUGAACUUGAAGCAAUUGUGAACAGCAUCAGAAGGAGCAGAAAAAUUAUUUUCGUUAUAACACAGAAUCUAUUGAAAGAUCCACUAUGCAAAAGAUUCAAGGUUCACCAUGCAGUUCAGCAAGCUAUUGAACAAAAUCUGGAUUCCAUUAUAUUGAUCUUUCUUGAGGAGAUUCCGGAUUAUAAACUGAACCAUGCACUCUGUUUGCGAAGAGGGAUGUUUAAAUCUCAUUGCAUCUUGAAUUGGCCAGUUCAGAAAGAACGGGUAAAUGCUUUUCAUCAUAAAUUGAAAGUAGCACUUGGGUCCAGAAAUUCAGUACAUUAAAUUUAUUUAAAGACUAAAUUAAAGGAGUAAGUUUCCUAAUUUAAAAAAGUUCCAUGGUAAAUUUACAUUUUCCUUGACAAUAAUAUAAAUCUGUUCAUUCAUAUUCAUAAGUAAGAAUAUCACCACUAUGUCUCUUCUAUGGAAAUAUGUCUCCCUAUUUCAGGCCUUUUGUUACCAAUUGACAUAAUCUGACCCAAAAUAAACAUAUAAGAAUAUCUUUUACUAAUGAACACACAGGUUACUGAGGCCUAUGAAAACAGUUUUGAAAUAGUCCUCAAUUUAAAGAAAAGUUAGAGGUAUAUGAGGGUUUGUGAUAAAUAUAUUUGUCAUUUUUUUUCUGGAUGCACUCAGAAUAAAAUAUGACUUUUAAUGGGUACAAUGCUAUUUCAGUUGUGAAAGGGUAAAAUGUACACCUAUAUUUCUAAAAGUUUAAUUACAGCAUUUUUUUAACUGAAAACUUUGUGUUUUAGUGGUGCCUGUUGCAGUGUUGAUUUUAUUAAAUAUUAAAUUCCAUUUUAGUAUA